ACCCCUGGGUCCUUAGGACUCCCCUCUCCUAAGAGUGAUUGACAGAGUGACAGUGAGCGGGUGCUCUGCCCUCCUCACCUGCCUCACACACUCAUGCCGGGUCCUGUACAAUUUUCUAUUCCUAUGGGGCCAGGAAACCAAGUCACCCUAGCUUCUCACUCAACAAACAUGGGUCCCCCCAGGGUUAGCAUCAGCGCCAGGAGAAGUAAGGUCAAAGUCUGGGGAGCCCCACACAGGGGCCUGAAGGUGGAUCUCCAGAAGAGAGAUCUGAGCCUCGGAAUCCCCAAAGACCCCACAAUCCGGGAGAGGAGAGCCAGGGUGAAAAGACCCCACAAUCCGGAAGAGGAGGGCCAGGGCGGAGACUUGGGCUGUUUCCCAGACACCAGGCAUCCUGGGCUGGGCGGGUCAGUAUGCUCCUGGGAGGAGCCCUCCCUGGCGUCCCCAGAGCUGCCAAGGUAACUGACCCGCUAGGCCAUGGCCUCCCUCGGGAGUGGGAGCUGGAGCGGCGCCCCAUUACAGAGUGCAGCCCCCACGCCCUGGGUGACCAUCUUGCAGCCUUGUCCUUGGACUGUCCCGUCUCCUCUGCCUCAGCCUAGCCGAGUCAAGGAAGGUAACUCCCCUGGGUGGCUCUCCUGACUCCCCUCUGCCGCACACACCUGAGGCCUCCCUCCCGGAGCUGGUUACCUCCUGUAUAAAUGCUGUGGGGUGGGAAGGACGGAACGGGGUGGCUGGGUCUGUUGAAACCUGUUCCCCAGACCUGCUGGAGCUCAUGAUGCUGCAGAAUGCCCAGAUGCAGCAGCUGCUGCUGAGUCAGCUGGUGGCCGGAGCCCUGAACCCAGGGCCAGAGUGGUCCAGCCCCCAGGUCUACACAGACAGCCAACAGGAACAGGUGGAGGAAGAGAUGGAGGCCCAGGAGCAGCAGCCUUUGGUGUUCCACCAUCACUACUUGCCUUGCCCAGGGACCUCCUUGGGUCCCGUGGCACUCUGGCCAGCCUCUUUCCUCCCUGUUCCCCCACACCAGCCUCCCUGGCAGGGUGCCCCGGGGAUCCGGCGCCAGCCCCCUGCCUCCAGGCGAGGGGAGGUGAGAGAUGUGCCCCCACCCCCGCCCCCCAGUGCCACAGGGACUGUUGGUGCGGAUGUACCCCCAGCUUCAGGUCAGUGGGGCCUGACCUGGGGCAGACUGAGAUGGCAGAAGGGCCAUGUGCUCUGUGGAGGGGGGCUCCUGCCAGUCACUGCCUGUCCCAUUCUGUGUUCCUCCUUGGGGGUCCACCAAGGCAGGAGGGAGCAAGCCGAGGGUUCUGUUUCUCUAGACUACUAUGACGCUGAGAGCCUGCCAUGAAGACAGACGUUCACCAGGCCUCACCAGCUCCUGCACAGGGCUGCCAGAACGCUGGAGCGACUCUGCGCCCAUGCUGGAGACCUUCUGACCCACUCUGCCCCAGCCACGCCCUCUACCCUGGGGCAUCAGGCUCUCCACUCCACUGCUAUCUUGAGCUGGCUCUUCUGCAUGGAAAGCUCCUUAGAGCCCCUCCCUGACCCAGAAGCCACGGAAACCCAAUUGAUCCACUGUUUCCUGUCUGGACCAGAGUCAGGCCCUGAUACCAGAGCCCCAGCUGGCCUUUCCCUCUCUCCUCUCUGUGCCUGCAUCACCCUUGGGCCUGAAAUAGGGCAAGGGAGAAGAAGGUGGCUUGGGUCUCCAAAUGCCUUAAGGCCGUGGAGGGCAGCUCGGUUGGGGAGAAGGCCAGCUCAGGAGACCCCUGCGGCGGACGCGGCUUCUCCAGUCCCCUUUCACUGGACUCUGUUGGCAGAAAGGGGAGUCAGAGCUGGGUCCUGAUCCAACCAGGAACGGCCUCAGGUCCCCAGGGCCACGUGCAAACAAUGUCCUCCUGCUCAGGAGACCUCAGUAGGAAAUUGGUUGCUAAUGGAGUGGGUAGA